CUUAAUCACGCUUUUGCUGCAUUUUGUAGCGGUAGCGCGUGGUGGCUUAUUGUCGACGCGGGCACGUUUACAAACGUUUUACAGACGUGCUGUGGCAUACCAGAGCACUGGUGCUGACUCCGCGCCCACCCGAGUGCUGUGCCAUCCCUGCUGGGCUGCACUGCACAGGUGCACGCAAGCACAGCUAUGCAGUUCACCAUCAAUGCCCCAACCCUCCCAAAGCGCUACGAGCGCCCCGCCGCCUUCGCCGCCUUCGACGAAGAUCAGCUGCAGGCCGCGCCCCGGGAAGAAAAGCCGCCGCGCGACCGCGAGGCAUGUAGAAGAGACGGCUGCACGCUCGCGGCCGCCGGCCGCUGGGGCGCUGCUUUGGAACUGUUCGACGAGGCGUUAGCUAUCGGCGGCGCGCCCGAUCCGUGGGUGCUCCACGAGCUGCGGGCGCAAGCUUUGUUGGGGUUAGACCGGUGCUUCGAGGCGGCGCGGGCCGCGGAAGUAUCUAUAGCGGGCGCGCCGGACUGGGCGCCGGCGCACGCGACGCGCGCGCGCGCGUUGCUGAACUUCGGCGAGGUGGAAGGCUCAGUACAAUCCUUCCGCCGCGCAUUAAGCUGCGCGCCGGGCGACGCUGAGCUUAGAAGGGAGCUCGACGAGGUCCUCGUGCUGGAACGGCGCCUGCAGGAUUUGAGACGGGAACGCCUCGAGGCCGCGGCGAGCGCGUCGCAUGCAGACGUGGCCGAGGUGAACCGGUGCAAGGCUGCCUUGCGAUGCACGACCGAUCCUAAUAACAUGAUUACUUAA